UGGGCGCCGAUUCUAUUAUACGAUUCGAGUCGAAUCCGCCAUAUUAAUUCGCUUUUCGAGAUUCUGUUAUGCGAACUAUCGCAUAAACUCGAAUCGUAUUGCUCGACAGGUCGAGAGGUGCCGAAUCAAAUCGAAUUUCGAAUGUGUUGACAGUUGAUGUAAGUUUUUUGUUUUGAAGUGAAAAGUGAAAUAAUAAUAUAACCUCAAUAUAUAUAUUUUCGAGUCUAUUGGUUUAUUUUGUGUUAUUGACUAUUUAAUAAAUGAAAAUAAAUUGAAAUGGCUUCAUUCAAAAUAAAAGAAUGCCAUUGGGAAGUCCUAAUGGCAUAUAUGGAAGAGCACAAAGACUUUGCGAACGGGCGGUUCUUAGGACUCCAGGGGCGGGAAACGCAAAGAAAAAUGUGGUCGACAAUUGCAAACCGGCUGAAUGCACUUGGAUAUGGCGAGAGAUCGGCUGAAAAAUGGCAAAAAACUUGGGCGGAUUUCAAACACAAUUUGAAAAAAAAGGGACAGAUGAUUAAUUCAGACUUGCACGGAACAGGAGGGGGUGGACAUUCCUCUGCACCGUUUAAUAGUUUUGAAUUACGAGCCUUGAACAUUUUUGGUGGCAAAACAUUUUAUGCUGGAGCAGGGAGUACCGAACUUGGUAUUUUAUCACCAAGUAUAUCGCAACCAAAAGCAAACACAACACCAGAGUCACUGGAUGUCAUUGCACUGGAUGAUGACGAUUUGAAGACUCUUGCUACCAGAAAGCAAACAACAAGAGUCACAACUGACUAUCAUGACCAUGAUUAUGAGGGAACCCCUCCCACAAAAAAGAAAAAAGAUCAUUCAGAUGAAGCUUACAGAGAAACCAUUGAUAUAUUGAAAGAGAUCAAGGAAACAAUACACCAAGGACUGAGUGAAAUAAAGGAAGUACUGGAUAGCAGGCUCCAACAAAUUGCUGAAGGUGUAAAUUCCGGAAAGUAG